GAAUCCUUACUUUUCUCCGUCGGUGCUAGAAAUCUGCCCGAAAGCAUUCCAAUUGAGAUCCGAACCCAGGAGUGGUUGGAGUUGAGGGUGAAAUUUGGAGCGAAGAUGUUCUAUUAUCCCAACGUGCUUCAGCGCCAUACCGGCUGCUUCGCCACCAUCUGGCUGGCAGCGACACGCGGCAGCCGGUUGGUGAAGCGCGAAUACCUGAAGGUGAACGUGGUGAAGACCUGCGAGGAAAUUCUCAAUUAUGUGUUGGUACGAGUGCAACCCCCGAUGCCCGGCCUGCCGCAGCCCCGCUUCUCCCUCUAUCUCUCCGCCCAGCUCCAGAUUGGUGUGGUCCGGGUCUAUUCUCAGCAAUGCCAGUAUCUCGUAGAGGACAUCCAGCACAUCCUUGAGCGCCUGCACCGUGCCCAGCUCCAGGUCCGCAUUGAUAUGGUGGAGGCUGACCUACCUAGCCUGCUGCUGCCCAACUGCUUGGCUAUGAUGGAGACACUGGAAGAUGCUCCAGACCCCUUUUUUGGGAUGAUGUCUGUGGACCCCAGACUCCCCAGCCCUUUCAAUAUCCCUCAGAUUCGACAUCUUUUGGAGGCUAAAACUCCAGAGAGAGUUCCUGAAGAGACUCCUGAAGUCCCUACAGAGCCCAGAAAGCCAGACAGGAUCUUGGUCACUGUGCUGCCUCCUGAGGCCAUCACUCUCCAGGAGGCAGAGCCCAUCCGCAUGCUACCGGUUGAGGGUGAACAGGAUCUCCCAGAGGUCAGCCGCCGAGACCUGGACCUGCUGAUUGCAGAAGAAGAUGAAGCUAUCUUGUUAGAGGAACUCCCCCCGAUCUCACCUCCAGCUCCUGCACAGAUAGAAGUAACAGGAGAGCCAAUUCCAGGCAAGGUCUUGGGCCCUGAGGAGCUGAAGCCCAUAAGCUGGGAGCCUGGAGCCCUACUCAUUGAAGUGACACCCCCACAGGAGCUACGUCUGCCAGUUCCACCUAAGCCAGAGAGGAGGCCCCCAUCUCCUGGUAGCCCAGCUGUCCGCCGCCGCCGCCGCCGCCAGUUACUGUUCUGGGACAAGGAGACUCAGAUCUCCAGGGAGAAAUUCCAGGAACAAUUGCAAACCAAAGCCCACUGCUGGGAGCCUCCAAUGGUGCAGCCUCCUGAGAAGAUGAUCAUAAGUCCUGCAGAGCUGUUCCGAACCCCAACUCUCUCUGGCCAGCUACCCCCAGAAUUACUGGCUUUCUGGACCCAUUGUGCCCAGAUACCCCCAAGAGUACUCAGGCAAAGACUGCCCCUGGAAGCUGAAGAGGAGGCAGCAGCUGAGGCAGAACGCAGAAUGGCUGAAACACUGAGUGAGAUAGAGGUCCUGAGGGAGGCCCAGGAGCCUAGUGGUCCCCUCAUGCUGUCUUCAGAGCUCUCCCUAGAAGCAGCUGAAGAGGAGAAGUCCCGUAUCAGCCUCAUUCCCCCAGAAGAGCGGUGGGCCUGGGCUGAGGCAGAGCAGCCAGAGCCCCCUGUAUUGCCUGUGGUGCCUGAACUCCCUGAGGUGCCUGUAGAAAUGCCUUUGGGACUGCCCCCACAGCUCGAGCUGCUCUCUUUGGAGGCUGUACACAGGGCAGUGGCACUAGAGCUGCAGGCCAACAGGAAGCCUGACUUCAGCAGCCUGGUGUCACCUCUCAGCUCCCGCAGGAUGGCUGCCCGGGUCUUCUACCUGCUUCUGGUGCUCUGUGCACAGCAGAUACUUCUUGUGGAACAAGAGAAGCCAUAUGGGCGCCUCCUGAUUCAGCCGGGGCCCAGAUUCCACUGA